AUGUGUCAGCCUCCAGACAGGCUGCAGUACGCAGAGCUGGAGGAGAAUUUCAGCAUAAUGAAGAGUUUUCCUGUUGGAAGCACAGUGUCAUACAUCUGCCGGCCAGGAUAUAUGGGAAUUGCUGGAAAAUCAUUAAAUCGUACGUGUGGUGAAGACUUACAGUGGUCACCCAUAGAGCAGUUCUGUACAGAGAGAAAAUGUGAGCAUCCAGGAGAAUUGGAAGAUGGUUUCGUUAAUGUGACAGAUCUUACAUUUGGUUCAAAAGCUACUUUUUCUUGUAGGGCAGGAUUCAGAUUACAAGGAACUAGUGAAAUUACCUGUGUAAUUAAGAAUAAACGUGUUGACUGGAAUAGAGAUCUUCCCUUUUGUGAAAGAAUUCCUUGCAGACCUCCUCCAAGUAUAGCCAAUGGGCACCACACUGAAGCAGCCAACUAUGUUUAUCAAACAGCAGUAACCUACACAUGUGAUGAGGCACCGAAAGGCACGGAUCCCUUCUCGCUGAUAGGCUCAGCUACUAUUUUCUGCACAUAUGAUGCAGACUUAAAUGGUGUUUGGAGUGAAGCACCUCCACAAUGUAAAGUGGUCAAAUGUGAAAACCCAAAAGUUGAAAAUGGAAAAAAAACAAGUGGAUUUGGACCUUCCUAUAGCUAUAAGGACUCUGUCAUGUUUGAGUGUGAUCCAGGCUAUGUCAUGACUGGAUCAGAGGUAAUUACCUGUGAAGAAAAUAACACCUGGUCUCCUCCAAAACCAACUUGUAAGAAAAUUACUGAAGGUGUGUGUGGUGCCCCAGAGAUCACACAUGGAGUAGUGAUUCCAGCAAAAUCUGUGUAUGAAGGAGGAGAGUCUGUUCAGAUAAAGUGCAAUGCUCACUGUACUUUCCCUCAUGGCGCUGAAGAGAUGACAGUAACUUGCCAAGGACAGAAUACAUGGAGUUCUUUACAAGACUGUGCAUGUGGGUCUGUAAGUUCUGGUUUGACUCCACAUAUAAACUAUGGUAGAGUAAUUGAUGGACAAAAACCUUCAUACUCUGUGGGGGAUAUGAUUACGAUUGAAUGUUACGCAGGCUACACGUUACAUGGGGAAGCUCAAAUUCAGUAUAUUGGACAAAAUCGCUGGGUUCCUGCAGUGCCAACGUGCCAGUUAAGUGCCUAUAUUACAGCCAUCAUUUGUGUGAUUGUGGCAGUCGUGGUGUUCCUGGCAGCCUUCUGGGCCUAUAAGAAGUUCUUUGCACAAAAUGGGAAACGUGACAGCACUCCAUGUACUGCCGAAUAUAAGAUCUGUAAAGCAUGA